CAUCUCCUUCCACUCCACUUGUCAGCGGCACAGAGCUGCUUCGCUGAUGCAAGUUCAUGUCCAGAAGGAAACACACGGAGCGGAGCGCAAACCGAGCCGGAUGACAGAGAAAAAGGGAAUAAAGACUACUUUAUUCUAAGCCUUAAGUGAACUGAAUGAAAACACAGAAGGCCCUCUACCUGGAAACCAUCAGGGAACUAAGUGGAUUGAAGAAGGCAGAGAGCAAGUGAGGGAGGGAAGACAGGGAUUAGCAGCUAAUCCAAUGCAUGGACAAUCCUGGAUGAGCCUUAUUUUUUCCUCCAGGGUGAUGCAGACAAAACAGUCACUGGAUUACUUCACACUACUUUAUUGACUUUUUUAAGAACGCUUCACCCACCUUUUUCCUCUGCUCUGAUUGUUUUUGUUGCCUCUCAAAGGUCACACGUCUUGGGUACAAAGGGGACCAGGGGAGCUGGGGAUAAAGAGGCAGAGCAACAGGCCUGAUGACUGGGUGUCCCAUGGACAGUUUGGUGCCACACAUGGAUAAACCGCUUUAGUGGUAGACUGUGCAUAGCAGUGGACCCCAUGCUCUCUCAGCUUGGACUUAGAGGAAGACAAGUGCACGAGACGCACACAAUCCUCUCAAAAGUAGAGAUCUAUUGAAGGCUCACGCAAAAAGGACUCGCUGCAAUGGACCCCAAACUGGAAUUCAAACUUGACUGACAUGUUAUCAGAGUUUAGAAGCUCUAAUUUAAAUUGAAGGGAAAUUACACAACUAUCCUGUCACAAUGAGUCUGGGAAAACUGCCAGGGAUCAAGGGCCUUGUGUCUGGCUCGCAGGGAAAAAGGCGCUUCAAGAGUGAACUCUCUGUGGACAUGAUCAGCCCGCCGCUGGGGGACUUCCGUCACACUAUGCAUGUUGGUCGUGGUGGUGAAGUGUUUGGUGACACUUCCUUCCUUAGCAACUACGGGGGCAACAAGGAACCAGGAAGUCCAGACUCAGCAAACAGCUCCAAGACAACCGGGUUCUUCACACGCACCUUUCGGCAUGUACGGAAGAACUCUGUGCCGCGUCCGCGAGGGGACUCCCGUGACUUGUCAUCCAUGCCACCAGAUGUCUCACCCAUCAUCAAGAACGCCAUCUCCCUGCCCCAGCUGAACUUGGACUCCCCCAACGGGUGCCUACAGAGGGUCAUGUUCCCCAGCUCCAUGGGCUCGACAGAUGACUCCUUCUGCACAUAUGGUCUGCAGUCUGGAUUUGUCACUCUGCCCCGCCUCUCUCGCAUUGACAGACAGUUUUAUGAUGGAGACGUGCGGAAAGGGUCUCUACCCGACAGCGGUGGCUUCACGCUGACUCGCUCAGACUCCCUCACGUCCUUCACUGUGGACCUUGGCCCUUCCCUAAUGACUGAGGUGCUGAGCUUGAUUGACAACCCCAGCUGCCUUCAGACGUCCAAUCACAGCCAGGCAGCAAGCGAGGAAGAGGAAGUGGAGGACAACAGCUCUCUAACAGAGACGCCUGUGCCGAGCCCUGAGUUGACUUCACCCAACCCUUCCAUGAGUAGCAGGUCAUUCAGCAGUAACAUGAACAACAGGGGGCGCUCUUGUAGCUUUGACAGGGUAGAGCAAGAGGAGGAGAGGGGGUCACUGAGGACUCCAGAAGUGUGCACAGGGUCUCCUCAGAGAGCGGAGCCGGCGAUGGAGGCAGAAAGGUUCCAGAGGGCGGCUGAUGUGCUGUCUCGUCAUUAUGGUGGAGGCUCCUUCACAAAGGGAACGAGGACGAGCAACGACACCCCCUCUCCUGCUUUGUCCCACAGCUGCAAAACACCAUAUGCCUUUUCUGAAGAGGAGGAAGAGAUCAAAGUCUAGAUGUUGAAAGUCCAGGAACUUGAUUCAAUAAAACCAUAGAAACCUUCCAGUGACUAAAACUCUUGGUGUAUUUCAAGUCUGGGAAUGUGUGAUAUUCUGUUCUUCAAUAGAAAAAUACUUCCCCUUCUCACAUAAGGGACAUCAGUGAUCAACUACCAGAUCCUGGUCUGUAUUCAGUUUCUGCAGGAUGGACGUUUACUGCCCAUCUUGACCCUGGACCUUCCCCUCUCUCUUUCUGCACUACGUUGCUGCCAUGACUUUAUAGAUUGUUUAAACUAUUCUAAAGAUAAGUCAUUGAAUCUGAGUCUGACACCACACAAUGGAUUCUUGUCAAGACCAAAUAUUAAUAAUAACUUUUUAGUUUCGUCAGUAACAAAAAUAACAAAUGUCACACCUGCAUUAUUUAUCCUCAACAGUCAACUGAAGAUACCUGGGAACAAUGAAUUUUGAAUGGACUUUGAUUUUUCUAUUUUUUUCACACUGUACAUAAUCUCUCACUUCAUAAUCAUGAUGUUCAACAGCAAAGUGUGUUUUACAUAAAUAAAGAUCUUCAAGUUCAAAGGUCUGAGGCGUCAAGCUGAACCUGGAAUUUGGGAAAUAACGUUUUACAACACUUGAGCUAAAACUUCUGUAGAUUGUGAAAUAUUUAACUGUAAGCAGGAAUAAUGGUGUUAUUAACUUAACAUCGUUGUAGAAUUACAGCUUAUAUUGAUCACUUCACCUGUUACAUGUAUAUUGGACUGUUUAUCAAGCUUUUAUCAACAUUAGUUUAUCUUUUUCUAAAAUGAUAAAGCUGAUGUAAUAAAGGCCUGGAUUCAGA